GCCCCCUAGCGCCGGAAGAUGGGGACACCUGUCCAGCAUGCCUUCACGUUCUCAGAGUAUAAAUUUCUUGCCGUUGUCGGAGAAUUAACUGUGGUAGUAUUACUCCUGAAAAACGUGAGGGAAACGUCUCAGCACAGUUCACUGUCGUGGUACGACUCAGUAACAAGCAGCCAACCGAGGUGAAAAUACGAUCUGACAGCUUCAAGAUCAGAUCGGAGAUUUCUACUUCAUAACGUUAAAUAGAAAGGAAUAAUUCCAAAAUGCUAGUGUUGUCAUUGUUUCUCAUACAGGUUUACAUGGCUAGCUUACAAGGGGUGCAGGCAGCCAUUACAUGUAACAGAGCUAUCGACUUAGUCUUUGUGUUGGACGUCACCACGCCGCUGACCCCAAUCGAAUUCCUCAGGGAAAAACAGUUCAUCAAGAACAUCAUCAACAACUUCGCUGUGGACAGUAACUAUGGGGCCAAGGUGGGUCUGGUGCUGUCUGGAGGUUCUUACGACUCUAAAGCCGUCUUCUACCUGGACACCUUUGAGGAUCGUGAGAAUAUGAUGCUCGCCAUUGACUUUGCUGUGCAUCAGGAUAAAGGUCGUAUCACAUGGUCACACGUCGCACUUCGCCAGGCCAGAAAAGAUUUGUUCACGGUUGACCGUGGGUCUCGUCUUGGGGAGAACCCCCUGGUGGUGAUUUUCAUCACGGGGAACACGCCUGCCUGGCCUCUAGGGGCCACGCUAGAGGGCAGUUUUCUGGAGCAGUCUGGAAUCACCACUUAUGCCAUAGGGAUUGGUAAAAAGAUCACGAAAACAGAGUUGAACGCCGUUUCCAUUGACCCCAAGCGGUCACUCGUGGUAAACAGUGUUUACGAACUGGCCGGGGUGGACAGAGCACUAGCGUCGCUGAUCUGUAGACAGAGGACACGGGACCCAACAACUAUUCAAAAAUGUGAAAAUGAUCCCAAAGCCGACAUCGCGUUCGCCCUGGGUUCUCGUGCUAUCCGGGAGGACGGGCUGGCCCCCAAGGUCACGCGUCUCGUGAACAACCUGGCCAGAAGGGUGAAGGUCGGCCCGGACGGUAUUCUCAUGUCCAUGUUGCCGGAAUUCUGCUUCGCUCCCGGCUUCAAGUUUAUGGACUAUGAGACGAAGGAUGAAGUACUGGGGCAUUUUGAUCGUAUCGAGAACACUUUACCCAGCACAGCAGACCUAAUACGCACGAUGGUCAGUACGACGUUCACUCCAGAGCACGGCUCAAGGCCGGACGCCAGACACCUGGGUGUGGUCCUGGUGGACUCAGAGCUACAGGAACCGGAUGACGCGGAGAGGGCCGCCAUGGAAGCAAGGAAAGCCGGGAUAGAAAUAUUCGUCGUUGGUGUCGGGAGAAACAUAACAUACGCCGAACUGGAAAGAAUCGCCAGUACUCCUCCUCGGCAACACGUGACCAUGGUAGAUAAUUACUGCACAGUACCCAGUGUCCAUUUUAAGCUGUUUGACCUACUUUGCUGAGACAUUGGACGCGCCAGUACAACCUUCGACGUGACGCAAAAAGGACACGCCCACCACUUAAACGUGUCGAGAAUAGGACACACCUACUUCAGUGCAUGUGACAAAAAUAGCACAUGCCAACUGAAAACGGAUGUAAAGCGGCUGCGCUCUCUAAGCGCGUGUAAUAUAUCUAAAAACAGGCUCUUUGAUGUUUUAGGAAAUGUAAAUUCGCCCUCACGCUAUUCGAUCUCCUUUAAGAAGCCGCACAGCGUUUGCCAGAAUAUCACGUUUACGCAAGAGUAAUCACCAAAGCUUGGCAUGUUACACAUAACAUCUGAGCGCCAUAACACAACGGCUAUCUAUUUAACAUACGGUUCGUCAGCAGGGUAAAAACUUCGGAUGUGAUAUUAAUGUGAUAUACGCAGUGCACACCUCAUAACUUGGACGUUUUGCUAUUGGCAAUUUAUUCAGCUACGCGAAGAUCAAAUUAGGCAAUGCUCAUAUAGGAGCGAGUUUCAAGAAAGUGCCUAAGAAAAGAUUCCAUCCAUAAGAUUUACUCGAAAUAAAAGAAUUCAAGUUAAGAGGCGAUGAGGUGUGUGGUGUCUAUUGUACUCGGAAUAUAUUGGUAAAACCCUGCAAUACAUGCCUUCAUUGUACAUAUUUCCAUUCAGUCGGGAGUGCGCAUGCUUUGGAAGCACCUCGAACUUCGAAGUUUACAGAAAACCAGCCUCUACAUCAUGCAUUGUCUAUGCUGUGGAAAUAAUGAGACAGAGGCAAGCCAGUUUGCAGUAAAUUGCAAUACCAAGGGUGAUUGCACGUGACAUAAACAUAUCGAGAUGAAGGAACAUAAUAUAAUUUUUUGACAAAAACGCUGUGACUUGCUAUUACUGGUCCAGCGUUUUUUACGUACGUGAAUCCUUUGCUGUACAGAAUAUAUUAUCUUAAUCUCAGUAAAGCACAAUUAAAUAUUGCAGAUUUCAUAUCUUAAGAGGUACUUUUCAGUAUCAAUAGAGAAUGAUGUACUGUAAAAAGUGGUGUUUCCAAUUAAAAAAUACACUUAUUAAUAAGAAAAGGUAAACUUUAGUUCCUGUCAGUUGGGCCCCGAUCGUAAUGUUUUGCCAAUGUCUUCAGCUGUCCUCCAACUUUGACAAACAUAUUUUUGGAGUUUUCAGCUUGGUCGAUUUUCUCUGAUCCACCGGCGUUGCAGAAAUGGUAGUCCUAGGAAUAGAAAUAUGGGGUUCCAUGUGAUUAGUACAUGGCAGGGUUAGUUGGAGUAUUGGGGUUAAUAUGUGGGGGGAAUGUCAUCUGUACAAAGUGAUGGGGAGCGGACUACGAUUUCUAGCGGACUACCAUUCCUGUUACAGUGGAAUGCCCAGAGUAAUAAUUAAUAUUUUUAUUUUUUUCAGACUGUUGUUAAGGUUAUGUUUCUCGUCUGUAAAAUAAAUACGCAUUUUUCGAAUAUUAUUUUUCAUUUGCAAUUAUUACUGGUACAUAGUACGUGUACAUGUAAGUAAAUACUGUACGUUUUCAAGAUAGCAAAAUAAAUGGUUCGAAUUUGC